AAAUACUUUGCCUAUUGGUAAACUGUUUGCACUUUAGCAUUAAAUGCUUUGCCCAUCUUAGUAAACUGCACUUUAAUGUUAAAUUCUUUGCCUUUUGGCAAAUUGUUUAUACUUUAUAGUAUUAAAUGCUUUGCCUACCUUAGAAAACUGUUUACACUUUAAUAUUAAAUGCUUUGCCUAUUGGCAAACUGUUUGCACUUUAACAUUAAAUACUUUGCCUAUUGGAAAACUGUUUGCACUUUAGUAUUAAAUGCUUUGCCUAUCUUAGCAAACUGUUUGCACUUUAAUGUUAAAUCUUUGCCCAUCUUAGCAAACUAUUCACAAAUACUUUGCCUAUUGGCAAACUUUGUGUAACAUAAUUUUAAAGUUAAACUGUUUGACGAUAUUGGCAAAAGAAUUUGACUGUAAGGUCAAAUAGUUUGAUGAUAACAGCAAAUCAUUUAAACUUCGCAGUUAAUCUUGACCGUCAAACAGUUUAACUCUCAACGUUAAACUUCUGUCCAGCCUAGCAUUCCAUAGACAGAUACUGUAUAUGUAUUAACGACUGAAUUUCUACUGUAACUAUGAUGUAACUCUGUAGAUCUAUUACGCAAUAUAGUCAUUAAAAGCAAGUAAUUCCGUUGCACAAUCUGUUCGAUCUGUAUCGAAUUUUUCUUUUAUGGAUAUUUAUGAUAUUUAUAUUCCU